CCACUCGCGCAACCACGCACCGCACCAAACCCGCAACAGCCCAUCGGCGACCUCGCCGGAGCGACAGAAACUGAGAAGAUGGAGGCGGCGGCGGCAGCGGCCGGCGUGCAGCUGGGCACCUCGAAGCCCCAGAUCGCGACCCAGGCGGAGAUGGCGGAGGAGCGCGUGCCGAUCGCCUACCGCGACCAGUGCGCCCACCUCCUCAUCCCGCUCAACAAGUGCCGCGUCUCCGAGUUCUACCUCCCCUGGAAGUGCGAGCCCGAGCGCCACGCCUACGAGAAGUGCGAGUACGAGCUCGUCAUGGAGCGGAUGCUCAAGAUGCAGAAGAUCCGCGAGGCGCAGGCCAAGGGCGGCGCCACCAUCGGCGUGCCCCUCAUCCCGUCCACCGCCAAGCUCGGCUGAUCCCGAUCUGCCCGAUUCAGGUUUGGCACUAAGGCGUGAAGGGCAGCUGCAAGGAUCAUGGAUGAUAGUUCCAUGAACAAAACACAUGUUUGUAUUUUGCAUAAGUUAACUCAUGUCUUCAUCAUCCCUUCUGCCUUUUCUCGGUUAGUGAGCACCUUCAAGUUUCGAUUUGUUGGAAUAAGGAAUGCUGUCUAUACUCAAUGAGUGAAAUGACACCUUGAAGUUUUGAAUGCAAUGCCUGGACUCUGCUUAUGUAGCAAUGUUAA